AUGCAAAUAGCAUCUGCUCUCACCCGAGCCGUCCAGAAUUCUGAUGGUCGUUGCGGCCGAUGUGUGUACUAUGUCGCUUUCGUCAUCAAUGUCGCCCACGAGUUAUUCAUCGGUAUUGCUGUGCCCGUCUCUCUUGUAUGGACCGCUCAUGAGCUCUUGGUCGGAGAAAGAGGCUUAGAUGCUUUACUGGCCGCUAUCGUGGGCAGUCUUUGGUACGGACCUGAGCGAGUGCAGAAUUCCAUUGCAAACUUGUGCAAUGUAUGUACCAGAAAGGGCAUUUUGCUUGCGGCGAUAGGAAAAUAUCAUCGCAUCGCAAUGCAAAAAGGCGUCAACGAUGAGACCUUGACAGAGCCUCUACGGGUUACAAGAAUGCUUCGAUUUGCGCCGUGGUGGUCAUGGAAGGAAAAAAAAGCGGACAAGUAUUGGAAUGGACGAGUGAAAAAGACUGAAAGUGGUCAUGUGGUUCUACGUGACGUGCAGUUAAGAGCUAUUGCAAGGCAAGGCAUUGUAAUGGCACUUUCUGGGGAAUACGACGAGAGCAAAUUGCGCUAUUGGUGUGCAGGCAUGAUUGCAGACCAAGCACGGUUUGCACCGAGCAAGCUGCAAAGUGUGAAUCAGCACGAAAAUUGGGCUCUGGUACUUGAUGGAUAUGAAGGAAAAUACAUAAACCAGAGCUUUGAGGAGCAUAAAAUCGAUUGGAGCUUAGAUGAGAGGAAGCGGCUUGGGACUGUGGCCGACGGUAUUCGAAAGAAAAGCCUUAGGUACGUGCGCGAACAAGGGUGGCUGGACUAA